AAAAAGCAUCAUAUUUCCACACCUUUUUUAUUUAUUUAUUUUUACUGUCGAAUGCUUCGCGCAUGCGAGGAGACACUGUGGGACCAAUUCUGUGCCCACAGCAUCGCGGAACAUGCUCGUUUCUGCGAAGACGACAAACUCAACCCAGUAAAUUUCCAGCCUCUAUCUUCCAUCUCCGACGCACCUCCUGCGUCCCAGCGUCGGUUUUACGCAACAGGCUGCGGCGCCGGUGAGGUGCUGCUGCUGCUGGACUCCCAAGUCCGCCACCGAUCCUCUCCACUUCCACGUCCACAGCAAGGAUGAAGAAACAGAACGUGCGGACGCUGUCGCUCAUCCUCUGCAUGUUCUCCUACUUGCUGGUCGGCGCCGCCGUCUUUGACGCGCUGGAGUCCGAGUCUGAGAGCUCACGAAGGCGCAUCUUAGAGCAGAAGCGCAGCGAGAUGAAGAAGAAGUAUCGCUUCUCUGAGGAGGACUACCGUGAAAUCGAACGAGUGGUGUUGCAAGCGGAGCCACACCGCGCCGGCAGACAGUGGAAAUUUGCAGGAUCUUUUUACUUUGCCAUAACAGUCAUCACCACCAUUGGUUAUGGACAUGCAGCACCAGGCACAGAUGCAGGAAAAGUCUUCUGCAUGUUCUACGCUGUUCUGGGCAUUCCUCUCACUCUGGUCAUGUUCCAGAGCCUGGGAGAAAGGAUGAACACAUUUGUCCGCUACCUUCUCCAUAAACUGAAGCAGUGCCUCGGCUUUCGUCGCACUGAGGUGUCCAUGGAAAACAUGGUUCUGGUGGGCUUCUUGUCCUGCAUUGGAACACUGUGUGUGGGUGCUGCCGCCUUCUCCCACUUUGAGGGAUGGAGCUUCUUCCAUGCUUACUACUACUGCUUCAUCACGCUCACCACCAUCGGCUUCGGUGAUUUUGUGGCUCUGCAGAAAAAGGAGGACCUUCAGGAGAAAACUCCCUAUGUGGCGUUCAGCUUCAUGUACAUCCUGGUGGGGCUGACCGUCAUCGGGGCCUUCCUUAACUUGGUGGUGCUUCGCUUCCUCACCAUGAACACAGAGGACGAGAGGAGAGACGCUCAAGAGAGGGCAUCGCUGAAACGGGACAGAGGCCUCUUGGAUGGCGCGCUGCCUCUUCAGAGCAGAGGCAGCCACAGGAGCAACGUGUUGCCCAGUCAAAGCCACAGCACGCUUUUCCUCCCCAUGGGGGAGGGAACCAGUCGCACCAACCUCAUCUCUUCCCCAGCAGAAGAUCAGGAGAGACGAGGGAGUCCCUGCAGGCGCAGGCUGCAUUUUCAAAUCAAAGCAGGCAGACGCAGACCGACGACGAGCCUCAGCUCUCUCUGGUCCUGCGUGUGCUACCGCCUGGGGAUUUGUGAUAGUCCUCUUGUGUCCCACAGUGAACAUUCAGGCUGCCAUCUAAAUUCAGUGUAUUACAACUCUGUUUCCUACAGGAUUCAGGGCUGCUCACCAGGUUCCAGGGACAACACCGGACUGUCCUCUCCAGGAAGCACGCCGUCACCUGGGUAUAGCUUCCAAGAUUUACCUCGCGCUCGUAGAAAGUCAGUGUGAGAAAGUGUAGACUGUAAAUUGUACAUAACUAUUCUUUUUCACACCAUCAUUUUGUGCAUGUCAUAACAUACUGAUGAGGCUUAAACAAUAAGUUUUUGUUGCUAUUAAUUAUAUUUUAAUUUACCACAGAUGUUUGUUUUCAUCCUGGUUCAUAAGGCGAUGUUUGUAAGCCAGACUGGAAAGUUUGUGUGCGAUGAAGAUGUCUUGAUUGACUUUAU